AUGGUCACAGAUAAUCAGCCAUCGCCGCCUCAAUCGAGGCUCACCACCAUCUUGGUGAACAAUCUUCAUUGUCCUUCGUGUGUGACCAAUGUUGAAGAGACUUUGUCGGCUCUCACACCCUCCCCCUUUUCCAUCUCGACCUCUAUCUUGUCCCAUGAAAUCAAAGUCGUACACCCCAUUACCCUCAGCAGCUCCCGGAUCGUACGCGCCCUCGAAGAGGUUGCCUUUGAAAUUGACAGUGUCAUUGCCCAUGACUCGGAUGAAAGCGAUAUUGAAGCCCAGCAACCCCGAACCCAUCGCCCCGCGUCUGGAAAGCAUGAUGUUCAUUCCCAAUCCAAAAUACAUAUUCAAAAGUGCAAUGAAUGUGCUACACAGCUCGCGUCAUCAACAUCCAAUAGUAGCGAUGACGAGGGAGCCAUGAAGGAGAUCACUGCGACUGCCGCGUCCGUCAGCUCUGCAGAGAACAGCCUCACAUCCGUCAUGGAUGACCGACUUACCGGUAGUCGAACACGCAUUACACUAUCAAUCAGUGGAAUGUCUUGCAGCUCAUGUGUCGGAAAGAUUACGGGUGCUUUGCAGAACCGACCGUGGAUCCUAUCGGCCGAUGUCAAUCUUCUGACUAGCAGUGCCGUUAUAAUGCUCAUGGACAACUCACAUAUUGACGAAGUGCUUGAGAUUAUCAGAAGCUCGGGCUACACUGUGGAAUUGAUAGACACGGAAGAGCUGCAACCUCAAAAGACAUCGAAGUCGUCCGGAAUGGCAGAUGCUUGGCGAGCUUCCUAUGUCAUCGGAGGCAUGACCUGCAGCUCCUGCGUGGGCAAAGUGACUGACACUCUAAACCACCUCGAUUGGAUUACCAAAGUGGACGUGAGCCUGGUCUCGGGCAGUGCGACCGUGGAAUUCCAAGGGAAAGCACACCUCGACGAGAUUGCAGGAAUCAUCAAGGGUCUCGGUUAUACAGCCACUCUUAGUGACCUGGAGAGUAGGGCACCGGCCGAGCAACGUAGCUCCAAACGAUCGGUGAUGAUCCAGGUGGACGGAAUGCACUGUGCACAUUGCCCUCAGCGCAUUCUGGAUGCUCUGGAUGUAUACUCAGACCGGCUGGAUGUGACCGAACCGCCUAGCAAAGCUCAGCACAGGCUCACGGUAAACUAUCUUCCCGAUGCUCCCAACUUUACCAUCCGGCAUAUCAUCCGCACAAUCGCCGAUGUGGACAAGUCAUUCACUGUUUCUAUCUACCAUCCGCCUAGUCUGGAGGAACGUUCGCAGGCAAUGCAUCGUCGACAUCAGUGGCAAAUUGCGCGCCGCCUAGCCUUAUCCGUGCUCGUUGCCAUACCAACAUUCAUCAUCGGGAUCGUGUACAUGUCCCUAGUCUCAAAAGACAACCCCGGUCGCGAGUACCUCGAAGAACCCAUGUGGGCGGGUCAGGUCUCACGCAUUGAAUGGGCGUUGUUUAUCCUAGCGACUCCCGUCUACUUCUUCGCCGCCGACCUGUUCCACCGCCGUAUGAUCACCGAGCUCAGGGCCUUAUGGAGACCGGGCAGCAAGACUCCGAUUUUGCGGCGGCUCUACCGUUUUGGAAGUAUGGAUAUGCUCAUGUCACUGGGAACGUCGAUUGCCUACUUCUCGUCCAUCGCUAUAUUGGCAAUCGAUGCCACAGAGCCAAGGAACGGCCACAAGGCGUCCAGUGCCGGAACGUUUUUCGACUCAGUGGUGUUCCUAACGAUGUUUCUUUUGAUCGGCCGAUUGCUAGAGGCUUAUAGCAAAGCUAAGGCAGGAGACGCCGUGGGUCUCCUUGGCAAGCUGCGCCCCAAGGAAGCUAUCCUAGUUGAGAGGAAUGGGGAGGGCUCAACGACCUCUCGCGCGGUUCCAGCCGAUCAGCUAGAAUUCGGGGACGUAGUGCGUGUAGCGAAUGGUGCCUCCCCGCCGUAUGACGGAACUGUAGUGGAAGGGGAAUCUCAGUUUGACGAAUCCAGUUUGACCGGAGAAUCUCGACCGGUCACCAAAUCGAUUGGAGAUGACGUCUUCUCAGGCACUAUCAACCAGGCACGCCCAGUCUCGGUGCGUAUCACAGGGCUUUCUGGAAAUUCAAUGUUGGAUCAGAUUAUUGGCGCCGUUCGUGAAGGACAAAUUCGCCGGGCACCCAUUGAGCGCACAGCCGACCAAAUCACUGGAGUCUUUGUGCCGAUUAUUACGCUGAUUGCUAUUCUGGACUGGAUCAUAUGGCUGGCUCUUGGCCUCUCAGGCCGAUUGCCUGAGUCAUGGAUGAAUGGCAAUCCCGGAGGCUGGGAGUUCUGGUCGUUGCAGUUCGCUAUAUCGGUGUUCGUUGUCGCUUGCCCCUGUGGAAUUGGCCUUGCUGCUCCAACAGCGCUGUUUGUUGGUGGUGGACUCGCCGCCCAAAAUGGUAUUUUGGUCAAGGGAGGUGGCGAAGCGUUCCAGGAAGCUAGCCAACUCGAUUGUAUCGUCUUCGACAAGACGGGUACUAUAACUGAGGGGGGUGAACCGGCUAUCACUGAUCAUGAAAUAGCCAACAGUGAGGAUGUCGACAAAGUCUGGGGUGCGGUCUUAGAUCUGGAAAAGAAUAGUAGUCACCCAAUCGCUAAGGCGAUGGUGUCUUUUGCCAACUCCCAACAACCACCGGCCCUGAAAGCUACCACUGUGGACGAGAUACCAGGAAAAGGCAUGAAAGGUUCUUUCUUCCCACAGGGCCAAGAUGGACCUGCGCUGGAGGUCAUUAUAGGCAAUGAAGCCUUGAUAAAGGAUCAUAAGGUGGCAAUAAGCCCGACCAAUGAUGAAAUGUUGACUACCUGGAAGCGCCAGGCGAAAUCGGUCGUUCUAGUCGGCACCAGAAUCUGUUCGACACCAGGACCAACGGAGCACAUUCCUUGGAAGCUCUCGUUGAUGCUGGCAGUAUCUGACCCCAUUCGACGAGAGGCGAAGGGCACCCUCCAAGCCUUGCGAAAUCGAGGCGUUGCGGUCUGGAUGCUUUCCGGAGACAAUCCGACGACUGCUCACGCAGUGGGAGAGAUGGUGGGCAUCCCUCCAGACAACAUUAUUGCUGGUGUGCUGCCCGAGCAAAAGGCCGAAAAAGUACAAUAUCUGCAAAAAACUCUACAGAAGCCACCUCGAUCGAGUUGGUUCAGACGGGGCAAGGAGCCCCAGUCCGGCCGCGCGAUCGUCGCUAUGGUUGGUGAUGGAAUUAAUGACUCACCUGCUUUGACGGUGGCUGAUGUGGGCAUCGCCAUCGGAUCUGGCUCGGAUAUCGCCAUCUCGUCCGCCGAGUUUGUCCUGGUCUCCUCUGGUCUUACCUCUCUCCUCACCCUGAUCGACCUCAGCCGCCUCGUAUUUCGACGGAUCAAGUUCAACUUUGGCUGGGCUUUGGUGUAUAACUGUGUUGCCGUUCCAGUCGCCGCUGGUGUGUUCUAUCCCAUUGUGAGCAAUGGCACCCAUGUACGGCUGGAUCCCAUCUGGGCCAGUCUUGCAAUGGCGUUGAGCAGUGUUAGCGUUAUCUGCAGUAGUCUUCUCAUGAGGACCCGACUUCCAUUGGUUGGUUUCAGAGCUAAGAAAUAA